ACAACAACACGAAUUUGACGUAUUUUCUUAUCACACAACACACGUGCUUUUAUUUUCACUACAUAUCUAUUUUGAAUUGCCCGGAAUGUAAUUUCAUUUGACAUAAUAUAAUGGAUACCUCAUUUUCAUCUACGAAAUUCAAUGCCGAAGAUUUUAACAUCAUCGAAUUUUGUCAUGCCACAAGACUGCAAUCGACGGCUGAAGUCACGUCAAUUGGAGAGUCAGGUGCAAAUGAUAGCAUUCCAUCGCUAACUGAAUUUCUCCGCAAAGGUGAAUAUUUUGAGGUUUUCCACUCCAAUGCCUCCAAGAACUUACUCAAUUCCUUGCAAGCAGCAAUUAAUUCUUCUGAACAUAGCGAUGAUGUGGAUUUGAUUUUUUUAACUGCCUGUAAUAGUGAGACAGUGAACAGAUGCUUGAAUACCCUCACAUCUUUUUCUGAUUACUUAUGUCUUCCUGUGGCAUUCCUUAGACUUUUUGUUCAAGCUAAUUGGACUGGACCUCCAGUUGACUCCAACAAAAUCAAUGGGGUCACAGAAUGGGUCAGAUCGCUGUUUGCUAAAUGGAACAAUGAUUCACCUGAUAAACUACGGAUAUUUUUAACAAUAGAUGGAGAGUCUAUUUGCCAAAAUGCUAAGCAUCUAGAACUUCUUGUAGCUGCCCAGUUUUUAUUCAAAUUGAACAAGUUCUAUUCCCCUUUCCAAGAAUGGUGGUAUUUGAGGUCAAUGAUGCUUCAACAAAGAAUUUUAGAAGAAAGGUCGGAAAAACUGCACAAUAUACUUCUCGCAGCCACUAAGUCUUUAGAGCCUCAAAUCAAAGAUCUCUCUCCUGUAGCUCAUAGGAUGUUUAUCUUAGAACUCUGUCAAUAUUACUUGAACCUUUAUGCUGAAAUCGGAGUGGCCAAAACUUACCUGCAAACAGUUGAAAAUGAUUUCAACAUGAACGUUCAACUUAGAGGUGCUUUAGGAAAACGAACAAAGUUCCAAGAAAAUGAUGUAGCCCAGCUAUUUCUUCAAAUCACCACCAAAGAUGAAGAAACUUCUCCUAAUCUUUUUGAAAAUGAGGACGUCACUUCAAGACAUCUACCAAAAGACAUUAAUUUGAAUGAUGAUGUACGAUUAGAUGAGAUCAAUUUUUUGGACGAUUCAGUAAAACGAUUCCCAAAACUUUCACCUCUGCAGCAAGCUGUGCUACUCUGCCACUUCAACUAUAUGAAGAAAAGUCAGCCAAAAGAUGACCUUGAAAAUGAGGAACUGAGCCCAUAUUUAUUUAGUGUGUUGGCACAACCUCAAUGUUGGGGUCUUCAGACUGUGGCGCUUAUUUACCGAUCUCAGCUAGAACGUGGUCAGCCAAAAGCUCUUGAAAGGUCCCUGACACAGCUAGAGUCCUUAGUGAAUAACGUCUCUUCAUGUGAGCCCAACGUUUCUGAAAGGCUGGAUAUGUUCUUCUACAUAUAUCUACCACAAGCCUGGGAAGUGGAGGCAAUUUUGGCCGAGCUGUUUAUUACCAUAGGAGCAGUGCAGUCAGCAUUAGACAUUUACUUACGGAUAGAGUUUUGGGAACAAAUAGUCGCUUGUUACAACCAUCUCAAUUUAAGGCAUAAGGCUGCUGAAGUUAUUCAAAGUGAACUGAAAAAGAAAGAAACUCCAAAGCUUUACUGUUUGCUUGGCGAUGCAACAGAUGAUCCUGAUUGUUAUCAAAAAGCAUGGGACCUUUCCAAGCACAAAAGUGCUCGAGCGCAGCGACACUGGGGCAUGUACCAUUAUAAUAGGAAGCAGUAUCAGGAGUGUAUUCCAUUCUUUGAAAAAUCAUUGUCUCUGAACAGUCUUCAACCUGAAUUAAUUUAUCGUCUGGGAUAUGCUGCACUAACGUGUGAAAAAUGGGAACUCUGUGCAUCCACUUACAGGCGUUACUGCGUAUUGCAACCUGAUUGUUUUGAAGCCUGGAAUAAUCUUGCUAAAGCAUAUGUGAAACGAGGAGAAAAACAUCGCGCUCUGAAUGCUUUACAAGAGGCAAUCAAAUGUAAUUAUGAAAAUUGGAGAGUAUGGGAUAACUUAUUAGCUGUCAGCACAGAUUGUGCAGAUUUUGAGACCGUAUUAUUGAGCUAUCAUAGAUUGCUAGAUCUGAGAGGUCGGCACACGGAUGUUGAGGUGUUGGAAUGUGUGGUGAAAGCAAUAACCCAAAAUUUGUCAGAUGCUGAUGGCAAACCCUGCAAAGUGCAUUUAAAAGCAGCACUGAAACUUUUCGGUCGUCUGACAAGUCAGAUCCAUAAUAAUGCCAAGCUUUGGCAGUUGUAUGCGGAACUUACAGCAUGCACUCCAGAACCGUCUCAAGAAACUUUUGACAAAGUUUCCCAAUAUUUUCAAAGAGCUCAUAAAGCAGCUAUCCAAGAUUUUAAUUGGUUUAAAAAUGUCUCAACCUGCAAAGAAGUCCUCACUGUUUGUGUAUCUUUAGCGCGUUCUUACAAAGAUUGCUGUAAUAAAUGCACUGAGCCUAGGUAUCUGCGAAAUAUAUUGUCUUCAGCCAAACUGUCCAUUAACUCAGUUCUCUCCAAGAUAAAGCAAGAGCACACAGACCUCAUCAGCGGAAAAAUUGUUGAAGAACUCAGCGCAGAUUUCAAUGACCUGCAGCAGGAAUUGAAUUAUUUUGAAAAUGAACUUAAUAAUAUAAAAAAUCAAUUGAACUCUUCUUGAAAUAAAAUACAAUUUUAUUUUAAAUUUU